AUGGGACGAUAUCUCACCCCCUCCAAAAUAGCCCUCCUUGCUCUCGUCUCCGUCUACACAGAAGGCGCAGUCCCCAACUCCGCCAUUGUCCCUGUCCUCUCGUUUCUCAUCUCCCAUCUCCUUCCCCUCAGACCCUCAGCUCUCACCACUUCCCAAGACAAAAGACAUGCCAUACCCAUUCAGGACUUUGAAGCAGCCACAUUACACCUAGCUUCUUCAAUCCCCGGUAGAACUGUCUGGGAUCUCUUGCUGAAGAAACUAUGGCAUCUUAACUGCUCCGAUGAGCUCGACGACUUCUUCAGUUGCAUAUCAGAGAUGCUGAUGAAGACGCGCGAAGAGCAGAUCUAUAAUCGAGAUAAUGGCAUUGCUCCCAAGACAGGUCGUAUGCUGCUCUCCCGCUCCUCGCCGCUGGGUGCCUUUGUUCGACGCGCCCAGCUCGAGUACUCCCGUCUACAAUUCCACGAUGCCAUGGCGCUGUGGAGGGGCUUUAUCAAAUAUCGGCUACCAACGUACCAGCUGUGGGCGAAGAGGAAUCCGCUGGAUAGCCAGAUGGCGGUGGACAUUAAUUUGGUCGAGCUGGGCUUGGAUUUGACGAGUCCGCUGGCCAAGGUUGUGUACGGUGAGUUGGAGGAAGGGAAGGAUGUGGAGGUCGGGAUGAGUACGAGGGAUAUUGAGCGGUUGUUGGAUUUCCAGGUCGGGGAGAUGCAGAGCAUCGGGUGCAGGAUUACAGAAGAGAUGAAGUCGCGUCUAGAACAGAUGAUCGCAUCCGGCGUGUCUAUGCCAAGCUCGCAACAUUAUAUAAAAUUCCUCGAUUCUUGGAGAGCAGGAGAUUAUUCCUCCUCGUUCGACCAUCUACAUCGCUACUUUGACUACACAAUGCAAAAUCGUGACAGAACAUUUUAUCAGUACGCUCUUCUCAACCUUGCCAUCCUCCAAGCCGACUUUGGCUGCCAUGGGGAAGCUGUCUCUGCCAUGCAAGAGGCCAUUUCGAUUGCCCGAGAGACCCAUGAUAUGAGCUGCCUCAAUUUCUGCAUGAGCUGGGUCUACCACUUCGGGAAAGCCUUCCCAGAUGAAAUGAGAGAUGUGCAGAAUACGAGGAUGCUCGGGAGUGAGAAGGAAACGCUGGCAUUUCUCCAAGCAAAGUCUAAAGAGAUAGAUAUGUGGAGUCUGAUGGGUACUUCGAUGCUCAGUGAAGCUAAGUUGGAGUUACAGCAUGGCGAGAGCGUGGCGUCGGCGUUUGAACACAUCGUCAAGGCCUCGUUUCUCAUAGUGAAUAAGGGAGCGCGCCAGCCAAUUGGGCCACAGCUUAUGUUACAAGCAUCAGUAUAUGUCAGAAUAGGGCUUGCGCAUCUUGCCUGGUCGAAUUGCGAGAUCUUUCGGGAAUGUUAUGCAAAGCAAGCUCCCUUCGACGAUAAUUUUAGGGCGACCUGUCGCAGUAGUCUGCUGUUGGCUACGAAAGGAAGCUAUUUUAAAUCGAUGGCCCGGUUAAAUGAGGUGCCUUCUGAUGCGCUUAAUGUUCUGAAAUACCAGCAGCAUUGGGCCUUUUUUUGUGGACUUUUGAAGUUGCAAAGACAGCUACAUAGGGAUGAUAAGUUGGCAGUAGAAGAGCUCAUACCGCAACUCCAUGCGUGCGCACCCCCAGAUAUAGAACUAGCCAUGACGCUGUCCUUCCUGGAGGUUGAUUUCCAGAUGCGGAAAGGCAACUACGCAGCCGCGCUUAAAAUAAUCGAAGAAAUCGCCCAAUCCAUACGACAGGAGAAUUUCGAUGUCGCCACCCAGGUCAAACUCCUGGUUGCCAAAGCAAGAGUCUUCGACCAGACCCACCAACCAGAACGGGGAUUCUCGUUGGCGAUGAGAGCAGCCCAUAUCGCCUAUCAGUCCCGAUAUCUCCCGGGCCUAUGGGAGGCUAUCGGCGUGCUCUCCGUCAUCCUGAUGACGUUCAAAGAAUUCGAGGCCGCUCUUGAGAUCCUGGAUAGCAUUGUCCCACAAGUUCUCGAAUGCGAAGACUCCUAUCUCGCCGCACGUACAUAUGCACUGCUAGCUGAUGCCAGCAUGGGACUGGCGGGCCAGGCGCAGCGGGACAAAGUGCGACAGAAGGAGCACAUGGCGCGUGCGGUGGAGUUUAUCGACUGUGCAUUUGGGGAGUUUUCGAACAUGGAGGAUGUGCAGGGCCAAUGCGAGAUGAUGGCGAAGAAAGCGACGGUGAUGCGUCUCUCUGGAGAUCGGGUGUUGGCGAAUGACUACGCGGCUAAGUAUUUGGAUUUGAGGAGACAGGCGGUGGAGGGAUAG